AUGUCUCUCGCUGUUAUCGUCGUCUCGCUCCUCUUGCUCCGCGGCGCAUCGCAGCCGUCCGUCAUGGCGCAGAUGCCCGACGUCAUGCCACGUGGGCAGAUCGGCGGCGAGGCGGGUAUCGAGCGAGCCAUGUCUCUUUUCCGCAUAUGGGAGGAGGCCUAUGGAUUGAAACCCGACGUUCACUUGCCGCCCGCGAAAAUCACCUUGCCGGCCAUCGUGCCGCGCGCGCCGCACCUGGAGGACUGCGAGGCGCUGACGACGGCGAGGAAGGAGUCGGAGCGACGCGGAGGGGACGGGGAGCCUCCCCUGUGGGCGCGGGCUGUGAAUAACUGCUCGGAAUGCAACCCCCAACCACCAUGGGUGCGCGGAUCGGAUGCAGACAAUCUACCGCUGACGCGGGUGAUGCAGAGGGAUCUGUGGGAGCACCAGCUGUUCCACGGCAGCUGCGACGGCAGGCGCCUGCUCGUCGUGCCGUGGCCCACCAAGACCCACCACGGCGUGGGCUCACAGAUACACGUGAUGAGCACUUUCCUGAGCCUGGCCUUGAUUCACAACCGCACACUCGUGCCCGCGCCUGGCUCGUACGACCGAGCAUUCACUGAGACAUGCAAUUCCACAAAGACAGGUGGGGCGUGGGGUUGCUACUUCUUCCCCAUAGUGAAUCCCGACUGUGAGCGCGUGGUCUCGGAUAUGACAGCCAGCAGCACCAUGCCCCCUCUCUCCUCUGACAAAGUGGGCCACAAUCGCCUCGUUGCCUCGGGCGACCCUGUGGUGCAUCUCAACGCCAGCUGCGACAGCCAGAUGAAGCUUGAGGCGCGUGCUGCUAAGCUAUGGGGCGAUGCGUUCGCGAGGGCCCCGAAUGUGGUGGAGUAUAUGGGGGAGCAGCCGCCUGCUGAGACCAAUCACCCCGUGGUGCGUGCGUGUGUGCGCUCGCUUUCUCAUGGGAGUGGUUGUGCACUGGUGGCGAUCCCAGUUGGCGCGCUUCAUAACGCGCUGGUUGGCGGUGUGGCGCCCACACCGCGUGCACUGGUGGCGAUCCCAGUCAACGCGCUUCAUGCUGCGCUGGCCCUCGCUUCACACGUGCCACGCCACCAACAAGGAGCGCCACACCGCCUACGGCCUCCACACCACACCUGCAUGAGUGCUGCAGAUGCCAAGGCGAUUAAGGAGACGUACGCAUCGUUGGGAGGGGAGCCGUUUGUGAUGCGGCCGAUCGUGAGUGUGCACGUGCGGCAGAGCGACAAAGGGACUGAGAUGCGCCUGUCGCCGCUCGCCACGCACAUGUUCUUUGUGCAUCGGCUGCGCCGCCACGUGCCGGACCUGCGACUCUGUGGCUCAACACCGAGAUGGAGGUGCGUGGAGAUGUGUCUGUCGCCGCUCGCGACGCACAUGUUCUUUGUGCACCGGCUGCGGCGCCACGUGCCGGACCUGCGACACGUGUGGCUCAAUACGGAAAUGGAGGUGCGUGCGUGGGGCAAUGGAUGCUUUGAGAGGUGCGUGGAGAUGUGUCUGUCGCCGCUCGCGACGCACAUGUUCUUUGUGCACCGGCUGCGGCGCCACGUGCCGGACCUGCGAUACGUGGGGCUCAAUACAGAGAUGGAGGUGUGUGGGGCAACGAAUGCUUGCCUUGCCCAUGCCUUCUACUCCUCCACCUCUUUAUCGCUUGCCAAUGGCGUUGCUUGUCUUCCCUAA